ACGUUCUGUACUUUGCCAUUUGUACAUACUCUUCUGCAGAUAGAUAGGAUCGCUCUGUUCUACAAUCUGCUUCCGGAUGAAUCUGAACUGGUUCUGGGCGCAAUCAGUUGUAUCGUCACAGGCUGAGGAGCAGUCCUCUGGCAAGAUGUCGUCGCUAUCCUCGGUCAACUCACCAUCGUUAACUCCGCAAUUUUGCUUCAACGAACGAGUCUUGCGAGAUUUCCUCCGCUUGUCUCGCUCCACUAUCGAUGAUUCAAUCACCCAGAAUCUAAAUGCCUUAUUAACACCUGCUCGCGAAGGGUUCAAUCCAUCAUCCACUGACGUGCGGCAGCUCGGCGCGUCAAGUAGACGAAACCCUUCCAAAGAAUCAUGCGCAACAUUCAAAAACAGUGUAUUGUUUCCUUCAUGGCAGAGCAGAUCAGAUGUUCUCAAUUAUUGUGCCAUGGUGGCAACGAGCCCUGAUCCAGAAGACCCCGGCGUUGUAUCGCGACAAGUGGAAACUGCGAGAGAACAGGAACGAGUCGUUGACGAACGUUUAGACCCUUACUCUGGUCGAUACUUUCCUCGCGAAGCUCGCACCGAGUCGCUGGCCAAUCUUGUCCGAAACGAAAGGAGUGUGGAACAAAUCAUACGAGCACGAACUUGGGGUAUAGUCUCUGAGCGAUGUGAUUAUAGUGGAUCUUGGGAAGAUGCUUUGAAUCAAUGGCAUGAACAUCAGAAGUGAUCUUCUGAUGCAAAUAAGAGCAGAUAUCGGGUCAUCACUUCGGCGUCCCCCGAAAGCAUGGUGCUCGAUAAGUAUAUAUAGUUCAUCUGUACGACUACGGUGCAUUGCAUGGCGUUUUAUAUGGGAAACAGCAUUGGGUGCGAUAUAGUAAUUGAUAGUCUCCUUUCGUCAUAUAUACCUCUUCAUUGUUG